AUGGAGCUGAUGGAUGGGACAGCCGAUACCGUCCAUCCGGAAGUGCGAGCUCACAUCAACAGCCUCGUUUCUGCGCUUGGCGGUGUAAGUGCGGAAGAUGAUGGCGGGUAUCAGCUCGGUGACGAUGCGCUCGAGGUUCUCCGAGAUAUCAAGCGCUGGAUCCGCUUCUACGAUGAGAAGACGAACCGCAUGGACGUCGCCCGAUGCAUCCACGACGCGAAUCUCAUCGAAGGCGAUUUGCUUCCCAUUCUCGCCCAAUGCCCCGAAAAUGCGACCGAGAACCGAUUCAAGACGCGCCUGUCGUUGUCGUGCUUCGAGGUCAUGGUUCCGUUGACCUGGCCCUUGGAGCGGGACAAGGAACAGAUGACAGUCAACCACCAUCGCCACAUGCCCGUCCUCGAGCUGGCUCAAGUGCAGUACAAGAAAGCCAUCAUCAAUUUCGAUGGCGCCCGCAUCCUCCACACGGCCAUCCGCGCCGCUCUACCGUCCAUGGCCAUGGCGGCCGGUGACCGCACCGCUCGCGACCAGGGCAUCAUCAAGCUCGUCUUGUUCUUCCUGCGAAACAUGGCCAUGAUCUCUCCCCCGCCCAAUGUCAAGUAUGACGAUGAAGAAUCUCAAAUAUCAAGAUCCGCCACCAUCGAUGCCUUCUCAUAUCAAGACGUAUUUCUCUUCCUCCUCACGCUCGCCUCCAACAUGGGCGAAGAGUUUCGAACCGAGGACACGACCGUGAUGGAGAUCAUCUACCACCUUGUGAAGCGCGUUGAAAUUGAAAAGCUCUUCAUGAACGAGCAGCAGCUGAACAAAGCGAAAGCGAGCGAGCUCUCGGCCAUGAUGAACAAGGAAUCCGCCAUGCUCAACGCGUACAACCGCAGAGGCCCGACGAGACACAACCGAUUUGGGACCAUGAUAUGGGUAAAGCGAGACGACGGCAAAAUGUCAUCACUUUCGGGGCAGGACGCCCUCGCCGAUGCGACCGUUCGCAACCAGAAGAUGGACUCGAACAAGACCUUCAAACCACCCCGUCGAGCAAGGAAGGAGAACAAGAGCGAGCGAGAUUUGGGGCCCGCGGCGAAGCUCAACGCGAGAGCAAACGACCAGCUCAGGUCCUUUGUCGAAGACUUUCUCGAUUCCGGCUUCAACCCAUUGUUCCAGCACCUCCGCAAAACCAUCGACCGCGAGGCACCGCAUCUGAUGAGCUACCACAGGCGCCAGUACUUCUACCUCGUCGCCUGGUUCCUAGAGGCCGAGCGCGUGAGACGAAAGGCAAGAUCUAAUGGCAGCCAGGUCAAGAAUGACGCCGGCGUUGGCAGUUUCAACCUUGUUGCCGGCGCGUUGAGUCAGGAAAUGUUCAUCACCCUCAACAGGUCGCUCCACGAGUCCCACGACUUCAAAGACUGGCAUGAGUUGGCCGCCGUCAUGCGCUGCUUUACCCAGAUUCUUCUCACCGUGCAGGAGAUGGCUUCCUCGGGAAAUGAAGAGGACGAGGAAAUCGCAGACAACGUUUUGAGCCGUCUGUUCUACGAAGAUGCAACGCACGAUGCCAUUUCGAACAUCAUUCGGAGCUACAAGGACCAGGGCUUCGACUACCUGGACGCUGCCACGGAGCUCGUGCACCACUACCUCCGGAUCCUCGAGGCCUAUUCCAAGCAGAACGUAGACAUGCAGGUCCGCUCCCGGAAGCGUACACGCCGGAAGAAACAGGCGCAGCAAGCGGAUGGCGAGGGUGCCGAUGUCGAUGGCCACAACGAGUCCGAGGAUGACGUGGCGGGAGCGGAACGAACGUCGAAAGACCGCAAGUUUGACUUUCACAGAUUCGCCUCCAAGUUCUCGCCUCAAGGCGUCGUGGACACGUUCGUUUCGUUUACCAAAUUCUACCGAGAUCUGACCGGUGCCCAGCUGAAACGUGCACAUCGAUAUUUCUAUCGUCUCGCAUUCAAGCAAAACAUGGCCGUCAUGCUCUACCGAGUAGAUAUCAUUCAGUUACUCUACAACAUGGUCAAGGGACCCCAGCCCCUGGACAAGUCUGGAGGCAUGUUCCAGGAAUGGGAAGAACUCAUCAAGCAGAUCCUGCGGAAGUUUUUCAAGAAGCUGGAGGAGCGACCAGAGCUGAUGAUUGAGAUGCUUUUCAGCAAGCUUCAAGGAACCGCACACUUUCUCGAAUAUGGAUAUGAGAGGCAGACGGCGGCGUUAAAGGCAAAGGCGAGGCCAGCUGCCGAGCUAGAGUUCAGACAUACCGAGGAGCGUGACAGGCAGGUCGCGAUUGUCAUCGGCGCAUUGCUGGACAAGAAUGAAAACGACCACAUUGGCUGGGUCAAGGGUGUAUUGGCAAAUGCGGAAAAUGAGCGUCGGUCGUGGGCUGCGGCGGAGGAGGCAAUGGCCGCCGCAGUCGACGGUUCUCUCGAGGAGCCAGCGGAUGAAACGGGAGCGAGAAAGCCCCCGGUAUUUGUCGUCCGCCCCGACAACGCCGUUCGAGGUUCCGCCAUGUUCAAGAACUCGUAUCUCCGCCUGCUCAUGACUCUGUGCGGAUUUCAGCGACUUGGACCAGCUUCGGAAGAGACGAUCGAGUCCCUUUGGGUCGUUCCCGACGACGUCUCUGCAGACAGCUUGAAAGAUGCUUUGCAUUUCAUCAACCAGGCGGAGUUCAGCCCACCGACCUUUGACGACGGCGUUCUCGCUGAGCAUCAACUCAAACGCAAGCCUCUACCCCGCAAGAAGGCAGCGUUCGACGACGACGACGAAGAAGACGACGCAGCGGCCGACGAUGAGUUCCUCUUCCCCGCCGGAGGCCCCACUGUGCGCAAGGCAAUCGACGAGCCGAAAAAGGCCAAGAAGACGAGGCGGAGGCGCUCAAAGGGCAGUGGUGACGAGGCGAACGACGAGGUGCUGGACGAGAGAGCCCGCAAGAGGCGCGAACGCGAACUCGAGAAGGCUCGCAAGAUCAAGUCAGCCUUGUAUGUUCGCGAAGGUGACGACGAUUUCGACUCGGAAGAGGACGAGGCCUUCUUUGCCCGCGAGCGCGCCAUCGCCGAGCGUGCUAGAAAGGCCGCCCAGUCCGCCAUGACCGACGCCGAAGUCGCACCAAAGAAGCGGAAGUCGGAGGCUCUGCUCACAGUUAGCGACGAUGACGAUGAUGACGACGAUGACGACGAUGACGGCAUGAUCUUUGCGCAAAAGCUACCGGGGAGCCAAGACGAUGCGGAGGGCAGUCAGGCUGGCGACAGCCCUAGCAACAUGAGCGAGAGUGAGGGUAGAAAGAGGAGGAGGGUGAGUGUUGGCGACGAAGUGGGCGACGAUGACGUCGACAUGGAGGCUUCGGCAGCUAAGAGCUCCGAGGUCGAUCAGUCCAAGGACGAUGGUGAUGAUGCGCCCGCCGUUACGGCGAGACGGCCGAGGGUCAGGGGCGGCUUCGUCAUCGACAGCGAUGAUGACGAGUAG